UUGGGCAUUUAAAGUCACUCUGAAAAAAAAUUACUUGUUUUCUUUAAACACACAUAUGUAAAUGAUUGGAUUCCGAAGACUAUUUGUAAUUGUGGUCUGCUGGACUCGCAGGAUGAUGGUUCAGUGCGAGGACUCGGUAAUUCGCUGUUCGCGACGACAUCGCCUGAAAAUCGUGAACGUACUUCAUCCAUUUUCCGCUGUUGUCCUGCUCAGUGUCAUUGGAUUCCUGUUUGUCUACGAUGUGGUGUAUGUGGUGCCGCAUAUACUCGAUACUAGCGGCUGCUGGUACUGGCUCACCUGCCUGUUGGGUGGCUUCAUCAUCUUCAAUAUCCUUGGGAAUUGGUGGUUGAGUUUUAAAACCAAUACAACCGUGGAUAGCUUGCCGGUGGAACGACAGACACCUGCCGAAGGUGAGGCUCAUUUGUGGCAUUUUUGCAUUGCCUGUGACAGAUUGGUGCCACCGAGGUCCUGGCAUUGUCGACUCUGCCAGGGUUGCAUGUUGAAGCGGGAUCACCAUUGCACCAUCUCGGGAAGCUGCAUUGGUCACAAGAAUCAGCGCUAUUUCAUCUGCUUUCUUUUCCACUUGUGCUUCGGUUGCGGUUUGGCUCUGGUCUUCAAUGGCAUUUAUGCUUGGCAAACAGAGUCCUUGAUGACAGCCGAUCCCAUUUUGCUAUUUAGCAAACUGUCCGCUUAUAGUGAGGAUGUGAAUAUAGACUGGAAGUACACGAUCUCCACCAUUUUCAAGUUGAACAUGUUUCUGUUGGUAAUCGCUCUCUUUAUGUUUGGUUUGCAAAUAUUGAUGGUCCAUCGGAAUAGUACGUGUUAUACGAUCUUUGAUCGGAGCUAUGAUCUUGGAUGGAGGCGGAAUUUCGAAGGUGUCCUGGGCAGGCGACUGCUCUGGACACUCUUGUCGCCCACAAUCAAAAGUCCUUUGCCCAACGAUGGCACCCAGUGGAUCGUUAAGCAGCAGGUCUAGAUUUUUGGUAUAGUAUAACAUUAUGAAGCAGAAUAUGUGUCUUUAUUUUGUUAAAUUUAGAAAUGGUAUAUUAUAAAUAUUAA